AUGUACCGGCGGUUACUAGGAUUGCGUGGCGCGAAGCCGAUCGCACCUGCCCGUAUCAGGGAUCCUGUGGAAAUCCUAAACCAGGAGCUCAUAUCCCGGGACCGCCGCCGGGGCCCCAAUAGGCCGGCAGCUCGCGCGGGCGACGAUACGCUUUCGGGCCGCACAACUGCCCAGGUUUACGAACUAAGACGCGUAGCUAUAUAUCCCUCGGACCCCGUGUUCCGGGAUCACACUCCAAGGGACCCAAGGAAAGACGACUCCAAGCGACGCGCAGAAGGACGACGCAGGGGGGAAGACGCCUCCAAGCGACGCGCAGACCAACGCUGGGAAGACGAAUACAAGCAGCGCGUAGGACGGCGCAAGAAGAGUCGGCCGUCAUUGUACUCUCCCACCGUCGACUACUGCAACACCCGGUACGCUAAGACAGGCACCGAGUACAUGCGUGUAUCAAAACGCAUGAAUGAGAAAAUACAUGAAUUUGGGCGCUCUGGCAGGUUGCCGGCAAUUGAGCUCACAGAAAAGACCACCCGGUUAUUGGAACGGCACACACGAGUGCUCCAAGAAGUCGAGUUGCGUCUGGUAGACAUGCGGGUUGGAUCUCUUCUCGCCGACCUACUUCGACGUAGCAAGGCGUGGUUACCAGCCGCCUUUCGCUCCGAGAUUCUCGGCAUCUUGGAUCGCAGCAUAAACAUCAAAGUUCUAGCACCUAGCCACAAGCAGGGAUACAAAAAGGAGCGUCGCUCUGAUCUCAACGUCAGACUGAUCCAAGCUAUCAGAUCCCUCCAGAAGUACCGUUUCGAAGAGAGAGGCAAGACAGGAAAACAAAAGGUCAAACAGUAUAAACACAAGGCAGCCUUUAUCUUGAAGAUCCGACAACUCAAUUACGCGAAACCCCUCUUAGCCAGUAUUCUGGAGUUGGCCUCGGUGGGCGGACGCCUCCGAAUUGAACAUGAUUUCGCCACACACGAGCGGUUCGUGGAAUCGGUGAAGUUGAUACAGGGCUUGGGAGACGAUGAGCAUCGCGACCAUGGCAGCGGUACCGACUUGGGGCACACUGAGAGCGACUCACGUGCUGAUAGGCCUGGCUUGACUGCGAGCACCACCUCUGCCGCAAGUUCACUCACCUGA